GAAGAGUCGUUUGCUCGCUACAAUUGUAACGUUAUAAUUCUUGCGAGUGUGGAAACAUUUAAUUAUUGCUAAUAAGUAUCUUGCAAUUCUAAAUAUAUCACGGAGAUAUACUUUUCCAAGGCCGGUGCGAUCGUUGUCCUCCCCAAUAGUCGCGAGUAUCGCUAUUGAGCGCAAUCCAUUUCCUGAGAUCCAUCAAACUCUUCCACUGACUUUUAAUAAGAUCUCAAGUCGUGGAUUGCAUUCCGCUGUGCCACGCGCUGAUUGGUACAUGAACUUGGAGUAUGACUAGAUAAAAAUUGGUCGUUGCUCGCGUACUGAAUUCAUUUGCGCGAAACACUUUUGCGGAUGCGAUUCGCAGGAGCGCAGUAUUUUAUUUUAAGCGGUUUAAAAUAAUAAACUAGUGGAAAGUGUUUGACGCUUUUUUUUCCACCCUUUUGUUUUAUCUCUCAAGUGCAGUUCUUCAAUUUGAAUAAAAACCACGGAAAGGAAAAUUCAAGAAGGAAAUUAGCCUUAUCGUUGAAUUAAACAUCAUUUAGUGGCACAAUGAUGCUGGCAAUACGUGUAUUAUUAAGUAUCAUAAACGUUAUGUAUGCAAUAGUUCGUCGGACUUUAUUGUUCAUUUACAAGAAACCGCCAUGCAUACCCCCGAUAACGCAUUCGAUAUACAUGUUGAGUGCCACGACGCUCUCUAGAAAAAUAAGACAGAGAGAGAUUACGAGUUGCGAAGUAGUGCAAGCGUAUAUUUCGCGCAUUAAAGAAGUAAAUCCUUUUAUAAACGCUGUCAUUGACGAACGAUUUUCCGAUGCCAUAAUCGAGGCGAAAAAUUGUGACGAGCAACUAAAAAAGGGCGAAUUUGAUAUUGAAACUUUAGAGAAAUGUAAGCCGCUGUACGGUGUUCCAAUUACCAUUAAGGAGUGUUUAGCCGUAAAAGGCUUGAGCCACACAGGUUGCACUUUGCCUCGUAAAGGAAUUAAGGCGGAUCGCGAUGCGGAUAUUAUCGAGAUUCUCCGAAAUGCCGGUGCGAUACCAUUAUGCGUCACGAACAUGCCGGAGAUGUGCACCGGUUUCGACAGUACAAAUCUGCUGUAUGGUCGCACGUGUAAUCCUUACGACACUAGAUAUUCGCCCGGUGGAACGUCCGGUGGAGAGGGUGCAUUGCUCGGAGCAGGUGCUUCCGUGAUGGGUAUUGGUUCGGACAUGGCUGGAUCCAUAAGACUGCCGGCUUUCCUAAACGGCGUUUUUGGACACAAGCCUACGGCUGGACUUGUUCCGACUAAUGGACACUUCCCAGACGUCGACGUAUUUUUUCAAAUAAUCAAUACCAUCGGCCCAAUAUCCAAAUACGCCGAGGACCUUAGCUUGCUUAUGAAAGUGAUGACAUCGAAGUGCAAUCGCGACCUACGUCUAGAUGUGCCAGUGGACUUGAGGCAAAUAAAGAUCUAUUACCGAGAAGGUUUGGACAGGUCAUUCGGCAUAUUGUCAACGCCGCCGAAAAUUGAGAAAUGCAUUUAUCAAGCUGCUUAUUAUUUCGCGCGAUAUGAUAUUCCUGUGAAAAAGUUGCCGAUAGAAUGGCCAGUUACGAUUCCCGAAAUUGUAAUAAGUAAAUUCUUGCGUAUAAAAAGUUCCCCUCAACUACUGCUGGAUGCGAACAAUCACGAGAGUAAGAAAAGUCCAGCAGUCGAAGUAAUGAAAUCUCUAUUCGGUUUAUCGCAACACACGAAGCAGUUGAUUUGCCUCUCUAUACCGCUUAAAACGCAUUUUCCACUUACGAAAUCAGAAAUAUCGUAUUACUCGAAGCAGGGAGACGAGCUUCGACAAAAACUACUGAAUCUGUUGGGAGAUGACGGAGUAUUUAUCUACCCGACCUUACGAAACCCGAUUCUUCCGCAACUUGUACUGUGCGAAUUGCCGUCUAUUUCGUACUGUGCUUUAUUUAAUAUUUUCGAUUUUCCCGCCGCGCACGUCCCAAUGGGAUUGGAUCAUGAAGGAAUGCCAAUAGGCGUUCAGGUCAUAGCCGCGCCUUAUCAAGACCGUCUCUGUCUGGCGGUUGCAAAAGAGCUGGAGCUGGCCUUCGGUGGAUGGGUGCCACCAUCGGUAUCGAUAGGCGAUAAUGUGUCUGAAGGCUUCUGUAAAUAAAUUGAAUCUAGGGGAAUGGUUGGGGAAUUGUAUCUUUAAUUUGCGAAGGCAAAUGACGCACAAAUAAAUAAGGUUGUGGUAACACUGAUAUCUCAAAAAA